UUCUGUUCAGCUUUCAGCUAUUGGGUUUCUGCGGACUAAGUCGAUUUCCAGGCAGCGAGCUCAGCCUGACCCCGAUCUUUGGGUCCCGCCCCCUGCCCCACUCCCUGGCACUCCGGACCGCGACUCGGAGAGAAGACGCGGUCCGGCGCCAAGCUGGUCCAACUGGUUCUGAACAGGAAGUCUCCCGCCCUCGCCCCCAGCAGCAGUGCAACCCCGCGCUAGCCCCGGCUUCGGUGCAACCCGCAGUUCGGUGGACAGUCCCGCAGAGCGGCCGCGCUGGAGACCCGCCCCGGCGGAGCUCAGCGAGGCUUUGUCUAGGGCGCCCACACCCCUGAGGCAGCUUCUGGGGCCGGCGAAUGGGAGCGCGGCGGCGCGGGGCAGAGCCGGGCUGAGAUAAGCGGCCAUGUGACCCUACCUGGCGCGGGGGAGGGGCCGCAGGUGAGCGGCGAAGCGCGGAGCUCGGCACGCGGCGGCCGCGGGGCUCGGCAGCAUGUCGAUCAGCAGAAAGAACUGGUCCGCGCUGUCCAGCCUAGCCAGGCAACGGACUUUGGAGGAUGAAGAGGAACAGGAGCGAGAACGCAGGCGGAGGCACCGCAACCUGAGUUCAACCACAGACGAUGAAUCUCCAAAAGUCACCCAGAAUGGAGCUCAGAGAUCUGUGGAGAGGCUGCCCAGUGUGGAGGAAGCAGAGGUCCCCAGGCCAUCAACCCCAGCCUCCAGAGACGAAGAGGAAGACAUCCAGGCCAUUCUGAGGACUCGGAAGGAACGGCGACAAAGGCGGCAGGUGAUAGAGGCUGUCCAGGCUCCAGUGCAGGAGAGGCUAGAGGAGGAAAAGGUCAGCCCAGGCCCCGAGCAGACCUCGACACAGCCCCUUGUGCCUAAGAAGAAAGUGGAGCCUCUGCCCCGCCGGAGACUGAGCCGGGAGCAGCGAGGCCCUUGGGCUCAGGAAGAAGAGCCCCUAAAGGGAAGAGAGCUUGGGGGAGGGGGAAAGGAGCUUCCAGAGGAGGCAGAGGUCCAGCAGAAGACCUUGGUCUCUGAGAAAGCGCCUGGCCCAGAGAAGACUCCAGUGCCUGCCAAGAGACUGGCUUCAGAGAAAGCCUGCCCCUCAGAGAAGGGGGCAGCCGCAGAGAAAGCAUCCCCGACUGAGAAGAAGCACAGCCCAGAGAAGUUGGUUCCAGAAAGAACAAAUGUGUCAGACAAGUCGCCCGUCCCCGAGAAGACACUCCCGUCUCUGAAGACAGCAGCACCAGAGAAAAGGUCUGCUCCAGUUCUAGACAAAGCCGUGGUCUCUGAGAAGAUGCAAGAGAGGAGGCUGGUGUCAGAGAAAGCAUCCAUCUUCGAGAAGUCACUAGUCUCAGAGACAAAGCUGACUCCAAAGAAGGCAACGGCCUCAGAGCAGCCCCCAGCCCCUGGAGGAAGCCAGGGCACCACAAGGGAGGCCAGAGGGAGGGCUGUCCCUGGGAAGAGCCCACCUUCCUCUGCAGAGCAGGGUACAACAGACCCUCCGACUAAAGCUUCUCGCUUCCCACCCAUCACACUCCAGGUGAAAAUUCCCAGCAAGGAUGAAGAGGCAGACAUACUCUCACCGACUCUGCUCACCUACAGCAGCUCCCUCAAACGCUCCAGCCCCAGGACCAUCUCCUUUCGGAUGAGCCCCAGGAAAGACAACUCAGAAACAACCUUAACCCGCAGCGCCAGUGUGAGGCUGCCAGCUAGCACGGUGAAGCUGGGAGAGAAACUGGAGAGAUACCACACAGCCAUACAGAGAUCCGAAUCUGUCAGGGCUCCAGGCUCCUCCCGUACUGAGGUUCUUGUGACUCCUGCCGGUGUAGCCAGCAAGCGCCACCUCUUUGAGAAGGAGCUGGCAGGCCAGAACCGCACAGAACCAACCAUCAGAAAGGAGAAUCUGCGACUGUCAGGGGUUGUGACAUCAAGACUUAAUCUGUGGAUCAGCAAGACCCAGGAUUCUGGAGACCAGGGCGCUCAGGAGGUACAGAAAGAGGCAUCCGUCACCAGGAGGGCUCAAUGGGGAAACAAAUCGGCCAUGUCCUUGGAUGCCGAGGUGUGAAAGUCCUGCCAGGACAGACCUGCAGACGUGUACCCCAAGGACCUUUCUUCAUGCCAGGCCCUGGCCUGCGGCACUCCUGACCCUUGCCAUUCGCAUUCCCUUUCUGUCCCUCAGCCAGGGUGGUCAGGGUCCCUGGGGGCCAGGAACAUGAAUGUCACCCUCCGGCCCCUCCCCAGCCCUGCCUGGUCGGGGGCAGAUGUGCACUGACACUUUCUCCAGAUGCAGGCACUCUCUACCCUGAGCCCAGAGGGACCCAGAACACAGCCUGGCACACCAGCCACCGAGUCUCCAUGUCCUGUCGAGAGACGGCCCCUUUCUCCUGCUCACUGCCAGUAUCAGGCUGGGGUGUUUUGCCAACUCCAAAGUUAUCUGUCUUACCUGCUCCCAGCGGGUACUCUGUGUGCCUGUGACAUUCCCGCACCAAGUCCUAGGCUUUGUCACUGCUCUCUGAGGCUUUUUCAAGCCAGACUGGAAAGGAGUCACCAGGCAUUGACCACGUACUGCAUUUCCCGCUUUGCAAUGUCCCCCGCCUCCCCCUCGCCCUGAUCCGGAGCCCGGUGCCUUUUUGUAUUACCACUAGUCUUAAUGUUCAGAAAAAUCUUUUCUCAGGAAGGAUCUGAUAAACUCAUUCAUUCUCAGGCAUAA